AUGAGCAUAACAUUCCAGUUCUGGAAUGAUUCGUCGUUCGAGUCCUACAACCCACAAGCGCAACAAACGCUGUACCAGAGCCUCCUGCAGAAUCCGCGCCCGAACGAGGUCGAUCUGCCACAUUCCCCUUAUGUGAUCUCCAACUUCAACAAGGUGGAACACGGAGGUGCAUUGCAGAGGAACAAGAAUAGUGGCUUCAAUCGGUGGGUCAGGAUCCGACCACCAUAUGCGCUCCCUGGAGCCCAGCCCUUUGCAUGUCGAAUGAGAAGCGAUUUCCGCUUCUGCUUCGAGGAGGGGAGAGAUGGCUCACAGUUGGUGCCAUUUUCCGAGGAGCUGCAAAGCGAGCUGAAGCGAUUCCUUGCCUCGAGCCCUCGCCCGUCGGAGGUAUACUUCGUGGCGAAGCAUUCCCCAUACUUGUUGUCGGGAAUGGACCAGAUGCAGGACCUCCAGAGCGACUCGCCGCUUGCGCAGGUCAAUCUCAAGACUGGCUUCGUGCGGAGGGUGAGGAUCAUGACGGGCCCCAUCCCACGGGUGCCACCCCGUCCGUAUGGAGGAGGAGCAGCUUCCAGCCAUGGCCCGUCACCCUUCUCCGGCACAGCGUCCGGAUCAGGUAGAGGCUUUCAGAAGCGAAGCUUCAAUCCUCCAACUCCUGCCAGGGCCAACUCCAACAACUCCAACUGCUCCUUCUCUUUGUCUUCUGCGGCUUUCUUCUGCACCAUCGACGGGAGGAGGGAAAAGUUGAAUGGGGCGGCCUCCAAACUACUUCUGAGGCAUUGGAUGGCAGCAGAAAGACCUUCAGAGGUGGAUCUUAAGGAGGAUGGCGUUGUCGAGAACUUCGAGGGCUUGGAGCAAGGCAGAGCCACUGUGGGAAAACGAGGCCGAAAAACUCGGCUCGAGGUGAAACUACCAGAGCCUCCCUCGGGAAGUUUGAGGCUGCCAGAGGACUUGGACGAGGCCGAGGCCCUGGACAUGAUGUUGACGGGCAAAGCCUUAACAGACCAGGAGAUCCUACAGUUGGUGGGUGAUGAGCGGCAAUGCCCCAUCUGCAUGGAUGCGAUGGAUCCGGAGCCUAGGCCUACGCAGCCUGAGGUGCAGCUGGACGAGGAUGGUGAUGUUGACAUGCAUGCUGAAACGAAUGCAUCCUUCUCUUGGGCGCGUGAUGCGCCGCCGGUGCAAGGAGCUUUCCGACUUCGCUGCGGCCACACUUAUCACAUGACCUGCUUGCGCACAUGGUUUCAGCAGAAAACAAGAUGCCCAAGCUGUCAGCAAGAGUUUGGAAAAGUUGUGGGGAAGCAGCCUCGUCUUGGAACCUUCAGCUGGCAUUGUGAGAACUUCACACUCCCUGGGCACCCAGACGCUGUCAAGACCAUCGUCAUACAGUUUGUGUUCCCGGAGGGCAUCGACGAUGAAGGGAAAAGCUACGCAGGCAGAAAGCCCAAAGGGUAUCUUCCAUGCAAUGCGCAGGGAAUCAUCUUACUGGAGCUGUUCAAGGUAGCUUUCCGACGGCGAGUCAUGUUCGGCAUGGGCGAGUCCAUGACGUUCAGCUCGUACCGUCCGACGUUCAACAUCCACAUCAAGACCAGCUCUUCGGGAGGAGAGACCAAGCACGGUUAUCCAGAUGAGACUUACUUCUACAGGUCCUUGGGCGAGCUCAAAGCGAACGGAGUCAUUUUGCUCACCCAUCUUCACGGAGAUCACUGCUAUGGACUGUUUGGUCUGUUGCACACGGCUGCUCUCGAGGGUCGCAAGGACCCGCUGCUGAUAGUGGGCCCGCAGGGGCUUCGUACCAUGGUGGAGACUGUUCUCCUAUCUUCUGGAGGUUGGUACUCAGAGGAGUCUUUCCAGAUCAACUACUUGGAGAUACCAAAUACUGGAACGCCAGGUGGUGAAAGUUUGGUGGGAUCCUUUGGAUCAGGUCCGCGAGGGCUGGGUUUCCAUCCAGAUCGCUGUCGGCAUGCUGCAGCUGUUCAACUCGGGGUCCUAGCGGGUCUCCGCAUACAAGCAGUGCCGCUUGUUCAUGGAUUGCCUGAUUGGGGAUAUGUGCUGACAGAGCCGGACCGCCCCGGCAAGCUGAAUGCUGCCAAGGCUUUGGAGCUAGGAAUCCCUGCUAAGAGCAGAUUGCUGGGGCAGCUCAAACAAGGGCAAACGGUGGAGCUGGACGACGGUUCGACGGUCUCCCCCGCACAGGUUCUGGGCCCGACCAUUCUGGGUCGAACUUUGGCAAUCUUGCAGGACACUUCUGAUGCUUCAGCUGCAAUUGAGCCCUGUCGUGGAGCUGCCUGUGUCGUCCAUGAAGCCACCUUUGAAGAUGGCAUGGAGACGGAGGCCAUUGGGAAGGGCCACAGCACGAGCACUAUGGCAGCCCGCUUCGCAGCGUCGUGUCAAGCGCCGGGCGCUGACAGACUCAGGUCAAAUUAA